AUGAAAAUUUCUGGAACUGUUCUGUUCUUGGUUGUCAUCAUUGCUGCCCUCUGCUGUCAAGUCAAUGCAUCACCCUAUGGUCCUGGCAUCCCAACCAUUUGCUGCCUACAUUUCACCAGCAGAAAUAUCCCUCCAAAUUUGGUGGUAACCUAUAAGAGCACCAGCAGCCCAUGUGAGAAUAAAGCUAUUAUCUUUAUCACAAAACGAGGCCUCAACAUCUCUGCUAAGCCAAAGGAACAGUGGGUCCAACAUAUUAUGAACCAAUUAGACAACCAGAAAGCCAAGACCCAGAGGCCAGGUAGGCUACUGACCCUUCCUCAUCCCCCUGCUUAUCAUGAUUCCAAAAUGGACAGUGGAAAAACACACCUUCACCAGCCAAAAUGGCAGGUUGCCAGCUGGACGGCCACGGACAGGAUAGGCUCGACUAGGCCCACUGAUCCCAGUGUGCCCCCUAUGCCCAUAGUGAAUGGCCAGUAUUGCAGUACAGGGGACAAGGGGGCAAUGUCUGGUUAA